AUCUAUGCCAUCCCAAUACAAAACACUGACACCCAUUUUCUCUCCCUUACUCUUCUUUCCUUUCCUUUCCCUCCCCUUUUUCAGCUGAGGGAAAGAGCGGAAGAAACGGACUCAGCCCUGAACUCAGGUCAAUCUGUCACUCAAGACCGAAGUCCUGGGAAAGACGCUCCGGCUGUACGUAGUUCCCAUCCUAGGUCCAGGUUGCACCGGGUGGGGAAAGCACGAUGGAACCCCUAAUUCUGACCUUUCUUCCCCGCAGCCUCCUUUCCUAAGCCCGGCUCCUGUUCUGACCCCCAGAGCUCUCCGGGCAGGUGGUGCAAACACCCCUGCUCUCCCGCGCCCCCUGCCGGAGGGAGAGAAGGAAAAGGAGGAGAAGAAAAAAAAGAGGAGGAGAAAAGAGGAGGCUGCAAGGAGGGAGAGAGAAAGAGCGAGAGCCUGGGCGCCGAGGGGGAACUGCCCGAAAGUUUGCCCGAUGGUGCUGCCGCUACCGCCGCCGCCGCCGCUGUCGCCUCCUCCACCAAGUGGGAGAGGAGGGGCGAAGAGACAGCUGGGCAGAAGCCUGGCUCCCCUGCUUCUCCUCCUGGCGCUGGGACACACCUUGACCUACCGAGAAGAGUUUGAGGACAGUGACAGAGAGGUCUGUUCCGAGAACAAGAUAGCGACCACCAAGUAUCCUUGUCUAAAACCUACGGGCGAGCUCACCACAUGUUUUAGGUAAGACUGCAUUUACAAGAGACUUUCACAGAUUACAGUAUGCGAAAUUACUGAGGAGGGAAGAGAGGUAAAGGAGAAUUGGGGGUGGAAGUGAGGAGAAAAGACCUGGGACUUUGCGGUUGUUUUUUUUUUUUUUUUUUUUUUGGUGUAUGUGUGUGUAGCUUGGUAUAAGCAAAGUGUCGGUUGUGAGCUCACCUCCGUGAGAAGUUUCCUGUUGUGUUUAUCUGAGUUAGGGGGCGGGGUGGGAGCCAGAAUUAAGCCGCAAAUUGGACUACUGGGCUAGCGCCUAUCAAGAUCCCAGCAGUGUUUAUCCCUAUCUCGCAUAUUUGUGUGUAGUAGAGGUGGGGGCCGAAAUCGGGGGGGGGGAAGGAUUAGAAAGUUGAAAGUUUAUGAAAUAAAGUUGAUUUGGGCUUUGAAUGUAAACACUGGGGUAUGGAGAAGAUGAAUGACUGCUUGAGCAUUUGCUGUUUUGUUUUGAAAAAUCCUAAGUCAACAAAGGGAAAAUAGUAGGCACUUGGCUGUCUCUUGACCCUCUCCCCCGCUGGGACAAUCUCAUUCGCUGUC